AUGCUCUCCGGCAUUCUCGUCUUCAACCAAAAAGGCGAGAACCUCAUCUUCCGCGCCUUUCGCAAUGACUGCCGUCCGCGCCUGGCCGACAUCUUCCGCAUUCAAGUCAUCUCCAACCCCCAAGUGCGCUCGCCCAUUCUGACACUGGGAUCGACGACGUUCAGCCAUGUCAAGCACGAGAAUAUCUACCUGGUGGCGGUGACCAAGAGCAAUGCCAACGCGGCAUUGGUGUUUGAGUUUCUGUACCGGCUAGUGUCGCUGGGGAAGAGCUACUUUGGGAAAUUUGACGAGGAGGCCGUCAAGAACAACUUUGUUUUGAUUUAUGAGUUGCUGGAUGAAAUCCUCGACUUUGGUUAUCCCCAAAACACCGACUCGGACACACUGAAGAUGUACAUCACAACGGAGGGCGUCAAGUCGGCCAUCGCCAACAACCCGACAGACUCGAGCCGGAUCACAAUGCAAGCGACAGGCGCGCUCUCCUGGCGCCGCGCAGACGUCAAGUACCGCAAGAACGAAGCCUUCGUGGACGUAAUCGAGGACGUGAACCUGCUCAUGUCCGCGACGGGCACCGUGCUCCGCGCCGACGUCACCGGCCAGAUCGUCAUGCGCGCCUACCUCACCGGCACCCCGGAGUGCAAGUUCGGGCUGAACGACCGCCUCCUCCUCGACGGCGACGGCGGCGGCGGCGGCGGCGCACGCUCGUCCUCGUCCUCCUCGCAGGCCCCCUCCGGCAGCAAAGCGACCCGCGCGGCCGCCGGCUCCGUCACCCUGGAAGACUGCCAGUUCCACCAGUGCGUGAAACUGGGCCGCUUCGACGCGGACCGGAUCAUCUCGUUUGUGCCGCCGGACGGCGAGUUCGAGCUGAUGCGGUACCGGGCCACGGAGAACGUCAACCUCCCCUUCAAGGUGCACCCGAUCGUGCGCGAGAUCGGCACCACGAAAGUCGAGUACAGCGUCGCCAUCAAGGCGAACUACAGCUCGAAGCUGUUCGCGACGAACGUGGUCGUGCGCAUCCCGACGCCGCUGAACACGGCCAAGACGACCGAGCGGACGAGCCAGGGGCGCGCAAAGUACGAGCCCGAGCAUAACAAUAUCGUCUGGAAGAUUGCGCGGUUUUCCGGGGGCAGCGAGUACGUGCUUACGGCCGAGGCGACGCUGACGAGCAUGACGAACCAGAAGGCGUGGAGCCGGCCGCCGCUGAGUCUGUCGUUUAGCCUGUUGAUGUUUACCAGUAGUGGGUUGCUGGUGCGGUAUCUCAAGGUGUUUGAGAAGAGCAACUAUAGUAGUGUCAAGUGGGUGCGGUAUAUGACUCGUGCGGGCAGUUACGAGAUCAGAUUCUAG